AAGCAUGGAUGUAUUGGGCUAAAGUUAAUAAAUUGGUCAAAUCAGUAAAGACUUGUUCUUCACAUUAGAGUCAGAAGAGGGCAGAGUUUGUGUGGAGAGCAGCCAAUCAGAAGAAAGAGCCCUGCAGCAGCUUGCAUGGUGAAGCUUCACUGCCACGUAGAGGAAACUGCCACUGCUUGAUGUUUUCUGCUGAGGUUUACCUGAAGUUCAGUGUGUGAGCAUGUUCCUGAUCGUGCUGAGUCUGUUCGGCUCCCCCAUGCUGGCGUUCGCCAGCCGCGGGAAGCUGGCCGAAGCUGACGUGACCAUAGAGGUUCUGCACAGGCCGUUCAUCUGUCACCGAAAGUCCAAGUACGGAGACAUGCUACUGGUGCAUCAUGACGGGUACUUUGAGAACGGGACCAUGUUUUACUCCAGUCGAAGGCAAAGUGAGCAAGCGAUGUGGUUCACGUUGGGGAUCAGGGAAGUAAUCAAAGGCUGGGAUCUAGGUCUGCAGGACAUGUGUUCAGGAGAGAAGAGGAAACUGGUAAUACCUCCAGUUCUGGCCUAUGGGGAAGAAGGGAAAGCAUGGAGCAUGCAGACAAUGCUGUGCUUUUCGUCUGGUAAAAUCCCACCUGAGAGCACUUUGACCUUCUUGGUUGAAUUGCUUGAAAUCAGAAAUGGUCCGAGGUCAUACGAGUCCUUCCAGGAGAUGGACCUCAAUGACGACUGGAGGCUUUCCAAAUAUGAGGUAAAAGAAUAUCUGAAGAAGGAGUAUGCACGCUAUGGCUACCCGCCCAAUGACACUUUACAUGAGAACAUGGCAGCGGAUAUCUUUGCCAAAGAGGACAAGAACAAGGAUGGCUUCAUAUCUUCCAGAGAGUUCACGUACAAACGCGAUGAACUGUAACAUCAUGGCUGGAAAUGCUGUGGUGUUUUGCUUCAAUACAGAGACGCUCAAGUUAUCUAAAGUAUGCUUGUGUGGAAUCUGUAAAAACUGAUUGUGUCAUACAUUUUAAGCAGACUUUGAUUUUUUUUUUAGUUUUUCUACUGCUGAGGCCCAGCCAUUGGAUGAAACAAGGAAUAAAGUACACACAGAGAACAAAAGAGACUGGUAAAAACUCUGAAUCCUUGAAUGCACAAUAUUAAGCCAUUCUUGUGCACUGCUCCCAGUAAGGAAGAGUUCCAAACAGCUGUUUUCCCACUUUACGUCAUAGAGCUACAAAACUAUCUGCGCAGCAGCAUUUCUUCUCUUUGCCUGCAGCUCUCCACAAGCCGCAUCGGAGAGGCGCGGGAACGUCUUGAUCUUGCUGCCCCGGUCUAGAUCCUCAGUCACAAAGGUCAAGGCCAUGGCCAAACCAAACCUAUUGUUGCAAAACACAACCUAAACCCCUGCUACAGCAAAUUUACAAUAAAUGUGUUUGAGAUUUUAAAAACCAAGAAGAGCAAAGAAAGGAAAUCUUUUGGCUUUCUUUUAAACACAUAAGAUAAUUGAAGACAGACAUUUCUGUUCAGAAGUUUGCAUCUGCUCAUCAGCAGCAUGAAUGUUCUGUCAAUUUUGGGCUUUAAUGAUCAGUAGAAUAAUUAUACAACUUCAAUGAUUCCUGAAAACAAGAACUGGAUGUGGAGGUUUACAUUUAUUGUGGAUUUUGUUUAUUCAAAAAAUCUCAAAACUUGCAUACGGCUUCAAAAAUAUACAUUCACCCCCACUAGUAGGGGGUUAGAUUUCCCCAAAGUUGCAGAGAAGCCAUGUGCUCUUUGUGGACUUUAACAAUAUCCUGGCAAAAUUGUGUAGCUGAAUAUUUUACCACAACCCUUCUAUCAAAACUGCUUGUUUUAAAAAAUAUAUACUUCUUCUUUUUAAUGGAUCUGGCUUUUUAAGCACAUUUUUCAUUAUGGAAAAGGUCGGUACAAUUCCAGAGGCUUCAUGGUCCUGCUGCAACACCCAGUAGUGUCAAAGUUUCAACCAACCAUGUAAAUGUUGAUUUGAAUCCGUUUUCUUUAUUCCACAAAUUUUGUGCAAUGUGGUACUGGGUUGUUUUAGGACCACUGGCAGCAAAACAGAGCCUCAGCAGAAUACUAACUCUGCUGUUUUGGUCACUGUAGCCAAAUAAUCAAAUGUUUGUAUCAUCUGACCAUAAAGUUUUUCUUCAGAAGUCAGUUUUGCAUGUGUGCAGCUAUGAAUUUGAUAAGAGCUUAAGGUUGUUGAUUUCAGAGCAGGAGAUUCUUUUUUUUUUUGUGGCCAAGACCGUCUCAGUCCAUGGGAAGAUAAAACUGGCUUUACUGUGGACAGCGACACCGGUGUUCUCACAUCUUCUAGUUUAUGAUAGGCUUGGUCCUCAGUGGCUCCUGGGUUGUUCCUGAACAUCCUAACCAAUUUCUUUGUUGAGAUUUAUGAUCAGCUUGUUGAGACUGUGUUGCUUAAAUUUAUCUGCCUGUAGAAAUGGUCUUUUGUUUGUUUUUUCUUCUUUUUUUUUACCAUCACAUGUUUAUAACAAUCAUUUUCGAAAUUAAUUUUGAAAGAAAAUUUUAAACUCCCAAAAAGGUUAUUGCAAUCUCGCAAAAUCAUCUUGAAUUUGCUUUUAAACUGGAAAACGUGUUAGAUCUGUAUUCUGUAUUUUGCAUUAAAAUAUUUUAAAGAUUUUA